AAUAAACUCUUAGGGUUUCAGGGCCAUGGUGAGGUUGAGCUCGCUCAACGAUGCUGCGCGGCUGGGCAGGAAGAAUGCGGUGAUCAGGCCGUCGUCCAAUCUGGUACUGAGGUUCCUGGAGGUGAUGAAGAAGCAAGGGUUUGUGGAAAAUUUCCAGAGGCACGGCGGACACACUCCAGGGCACAUCACCGUCGAGAUCACGGACAAGCUCAAGAAAUGCGUGCUGCUGUCGCAGCGAUUUGAUACGAAGUCGCGCAGGAUCGAUGCGUGGGCGAGACAAAUUCUCCCAGCUCCAGAGGUUGGUCACCUUGUGAUCACGAAUUUCCUGGGUGUCAUGGAUCACCGAGAAGCCAAGAAAAAGAACCUUGGUGGCCGGAUUUUGGGAUACUUCUACUGAUUUGGGAUCGAAUUUUCUGUGGCAAGAUCGAGGGAGCUUUGGAUCAAUCGGAGGGACAAAAACCCCAGCUUUCUCAAGCAAAGUUUGUGAGGACUUUUUUCACGAGAUGUUCACCGUAGACGACUGGCUUCUCCUCCUCCUUAGAGUUUCCAAGACAAAAACUUAAAGGCUCCACCUUUGUAUCGAAAUUUGGCUGGAAAAGAAAAAAGUUUGUCAAAAGUACACACCAAAAA